AUGGGAAAAUGCGUGGAUGCAAUCGACCAGGCCUCCUACGAGUUCGCUUCAUUGGAUAUGGCAGUCCGUCACCUUAAAGAGUCGGACUUUCCUCAUGGGCACACUGCUUUUGUGACGUUUCGGAACAUCUGGAGUGCACAGAUUGCGAGUCAAGUCGUAUAUCAUCCCACGCCUGGAUGUAUGUUGACUGAACCUGCAAUGGAGCCGCGUGAUCUUAUUUGGGAGCAUCAAGAGACAGCUGUAUGGGACCGAAGGAUCAGACAGUGGAUCAUGAGAGUAAUGAUGGCUAUCGUCCUUACAUUCACGCUUUCACUGGACUUGAUGCUAGCCACAUUGGUAAACAUGAAUGGUAUAAAGACAUAUCUUCCUUGGCUCGGAGAUCUUCUUGAUGAAAAUGCUCGACUCCGUGCCUUUGUACAGAACUCUCUCCCAACAUUGUUGCUAAUUUCCAUUAACGCACUUGUGCCAAUCGCUAUGGUAUAUUCAUCAUGGUUCCAACGGGCCCGCGCACACUCUCAUAUUGAGCACAAUGUUCUAAACAUGUACUAUCUUUACUUGCUGUUUUCAGUUGUAUUUGUCUUUCUUUUUACAAGUGCACGGGAUAUGCUUAAAGAAUUGUCGGAAAGUCCUAUGCAUAUGAUUGAUAAACUGGCUCAGUCUUUACCUGUCGCGCGCAACUUUUCGCUCUCAUAUGUUAUAUUUCAAGGACUUGCAAUCCAGCCAUUCCAGCUUGUUUUGCUGCCAAACAUUUUCAUUCGUCAAGUUCAGCGCUUAUGUACUGUUUGUACACCUCGACGACGUGCAGCAAUGCUUCAGGCACCAACAAUCAAUAUUGGGACGUUGUAUCCCCAAGCACUUUUGGUAUUUACAUUAAGCGUGCUUUAUGGGAUUGUGAGUCCGCUUAUCACAAUCUUUGGUGCAUUGUAUUUUGGUGUUGCUUACGUUGUUGUCAAAUACCAGCUCUUAAAUGUUGUGGACAAACCCUAUGACUCGCAUGGACAUGCAUGGCCUCUUGCAGUUAGGCGAUGCAUUUGGGCUCUUGUUCUCUUCCAGGCUUUCCAGCUCUCUCUCUUCUCUGUGCGCAAGCAAGUAUUCAACAGUUUGGUGAUUGUGCCACUUGUUUGUUAUACAAUAUGGUUUGCGGGAAAUGUUGGAAAAACGUUUCUCCCUCAUACAUCGUUUGUCAAUCUCUAUGAUGUUUAUUCUGCCGAGGAUGAGCUGCAGGAGCAACGUCAAAGAUAUCGAAAUCGGACAUGUGACAAUAUACCCAUUGCACAAGAGGAACAGUGGCCGACUGAAUACCGUCAAGAGCUCCCUGAACUUCGUAGUGUAAGUCACGACGCGUAUGAGCAACCUGCAUUAGCCGGACCACUUCCAACGCUUUGGCUACCUCAUUCGCGACCGAACGAUCAAGUAUUAGUGUAA